CACAGCCUUGAGUUCUCUUGGCGAGGGAGAGCCUGGAGAUCAAGGUCACGGCGAGGUCACUGCUUCCACUAACCUGAUCUACUGUGACCCAAUCUCCUCUAACCUGACCUGCGGGAAUAGCAUUAUGUUUGCUAGAGACACUUUGGCUAAGCAGGGUUCAAGGCGGCAAGAGGAGGAAGAAGAGGGCACGGGGCGGAAGGCAGAAGAGAAGCCUGAAGAGGACCCUAUAUCGUGGUGGCCGUGGGAGGAGGUGUUUCAGGGCGUAGGUGAGAGUGACAGCAGCGGACAGAGUGGGCAGAGCGCCGUCUGUAGAGCCUCGAAAUUAGCAGCCACACCCCCGUCACCCACACUGAGCCCUGCAGAAAGACAACAACAACAACAACAACAACAACAACAUCAAGCAGGAGGAGACAGAAUAAACCAUGAGGAAGAGGAAGAAGAGGAAAAAGCAGCAGGAGGAGGAGGCGUGGUGGAGGGUCCUGGUGUAGCCUCGCCUCCUGCCACGCCCAUUGACCACGUGGACACCGCCUUCCUUACCUGUGACUUGGCGGGCACUGGCUGGGUGACCGCUGCUCGUCUGGCUGAUCAUCUUUGUGCAAGCCUCGCCGACCUCCAGCCCAGAUGGCUGGUGGACUCCCUGAAGGACACUCUCUGCGGCAGUGGCGAGGAGGAACAGCUCGACCUCACCACCUUCAGGCAGCUCCUCCUCACGUGGCUACACCUCCACGCCGACCACCUCCUGCCACAAGACUCCCCGGACCCCCUCGCCCCUCUGGACACCCUCCCCCAGUCUACGCCCCACAAAGGAACCUCUCAGGACUCCUUCAGCUUCCUAGGACCCUUGUGUCUGCAGGAGGCCCAGGGGGAGUGGAUGAAGGAGGCUGGGUCUGUGCCCGAGUAUCCUUCACUUCCUCCCCUUCCACCUCCUCCUUCCCCUCCUCGUCAGCCUGCUAGUGAGUCUGCCAGGGCGUGUUUCGAGUACCACCUGCAGGAGGAGAACAGGAGGAGCACCUUGCUGCCGCAGGUGGGGGCGUGGGGGGCGCCCUUCCACGCCCCCUCCUACUCUUCCCUCGACAUGUCCCGCCCUCCGUCUCCUAUAUCGCCUCCUCGCUCCCUCACCAACGGGGCACCCACGCUACGACCCCCAGCCCCCAUCUUCCCCGAGGACGACUGCGGCCCCAGGAGUCUGGAAGGUGGUCGGAAUGGUCACCACCCCCACCACCCCAACCACUCACGCCUGCACCACCACAACCACCACCACCACCACAACAGCUUCGCCAACUUCACCUACGGCAGCAUAGAGGAUGAGGGGGGCGUUACCCUCCCUGACCCUGGUGAGCUGCAGCAGGAGGUGUUGGAGCUGACCCACACCAACAAGCGGCUGACUGGGGAGAACCAUGACCUCACUUCGCAUCUCACCACUGCAGAGGAGACCAACGCCACCCUCAGAGACCAGUGUCGCGCCCUGCAGCAUGCCCUCGAGGGCGUGCAGCAGCAGUUGUCGGUGGCGCGGGAGCUGGAGGCUGAGGUGGAGGCGGCGCGGCGGCAGGUGGAGGAUGGCAGGGAGGAGAAGGAAUCCCUGGUGACCCGCUUGGCGCACCUGGAGAGAGACAACACCUCCCUCACCUCCAGGCUACAGCUCCUCACUCAGCAGCUGAGUGCGGCGCAGGAGGAGGCGGAGAGCCAUAGCCUGCGGGAGGAGGAGGCCGUGAGGAGACACAGGGAAGAGGUGGCCCGUCUAUCCUCGCAGCUAAGUCAGUGGAAGGCGCAGGCGGAGACGCAGACACUGGCCGCCUAUCGCCUUCGAGAAACACUGGAGGAUGUGCAGAAACUUGUAGAGGUUCUGAGGGAGGAGAAGAGGAGUCUGGAGGAGCAACUGAACCAUGUGAAGGAAGAACUAGCUGCAGCAACGGCCAGUACUGAGAGUGAACUGAGUGGCUUAGAGCUGGGCGAUGAUGGGAUGACCUUUGACACGGUGACCCUAGAGAAGGCUGAGGGGGGCAAGAGGAGUGAUGCUGCUGCCCCCUCCCCUGUGCCCCUGAUGCCUGGUGCCCCCUUCGCCAGCCCCGCCACGGCCACACCCACCCAGGCACACCCCUCGCCCUCUGUCAACACACCCCUCAGUAUACACUCAGAGAUACACACUAUGGGUGAGGACAGUGGCUCCCUUCCUUUCUGUGAGAAGAGUGAGGGAGCAAGUAGUGAAGAGCGGCCCAGCACCUCAUCCUCUGAUGCUGCCGGCUCUCCCCUCGCCUCCGUCCUGGCCAGCAUGUUACGUUGGUGGAGGGAGUGGGAGGAGCGCGGUAUUCCUCUCCUACGUGCCAUGCUGAAUCAAGACACCAUCGCGCUCCACAGCCACGUAGCUACCCAUUAUGAGGAACUACUGAGACUGGAGAGAGAGCUGCAGGAAAUCCGACGAGUGACACAGCCACUCUCCACGACCUCAGAGUGGGCGCCGCUGGAGGAGGCCCUGCAGCGGGGGUCAGUGAGCAGUGCCAGGGACUCUGCUCUGCCAUCCUCACAGGCCACCACGCCCACCAUGCCCAGGCGACAAGUCCGCACGCCGGGCUCCUUUGUGUCUCAGCUCAUCUCCAAGUUUGAGUCGUCCAGCCAGUCCAGCAGCCCAGUGUGCUCUGAGGCCAGCGAGGUGCCUGGCUCCGGGGAUCAUCUGAGCGGCCUGUCCAGGAUACUGCAGAGGGCCAGGUGGGAGAGGCGGCCCUCUUUUGACGACUGUGCCAGGAGUGAGUCCACAAACUCAGAGGAUGGGAGAAGUUUGGAACCACACAUGAAAAGGACCUUUGAGGAGAAGAUAAGGCUGCAGGAGGACUACCUGAGAGGCCAUAGCAGGGACACUGUGGACCGUGACAUGUCAGCUAAGGGUGUGCGGUGUGAUGGCCAUGGCCCUGAGUGUGGCAGUGAAGGAGGACCUGUGAGCAGUGACCACAGUGAUAGGGAGGGGAGUGUCUUCCUGGAGUAUGGCCUUGAAGGGAAGGAAACAUCUGACAUCCACUCACUACCCCUCACUGCACAAGGCCAGGAGGACGCCAGGGAGGAGGAGGAGGAGGAGGAGGAACCUGAGGGUAGGACUGUUGUGAUGGAGGAGGAACCGGUGCCAGUGAGUGACCCGUACAUGGAGACCAGCCACUUGAUGAAGCUGAUGAAUGAGGUGGCUGAGCAGCGGGGUGUCAUUUCAGAGCUCAGGCAGCAGGUGAGCAGUGGGGAGGAGGACAAGUACAAGCUGGUCACUACCCUGGAACGUCUCCACCACCUCGCCCUCCUCACGUCAUCCGAUACUUUCAGAUGGACCGAGGGGGUGAGGAGGGAGUGGCUUGCGGUGGUGGCUCCCAGGCAGGGGAGGUUGGGGGAGGACGGGGAGGGGGCGGACUCCCCUACCUCAGCCCUCCCCGCCCACCACCCUCUCGACGAAGUGCCCCUUACCACCUCCUUCUCCCGCGAAGAGAUCGAGGCCCUUAUCUCUGCUCGUCGUGACCCUCCCCCUUGUGACGUGCUGCCCCAGGAGGAGGACCAGGCCAUGCACGUGGCCAGUCCUGAGAGUCUUGCCGCUGAGUUGGAAAGGGAACUAACAGCACUGAGGAUCCACGUCCUUCGUUCCCACGCCCUCCUCCACCACUACCAGAGCAGCAGCAGUCAGUAUGGAAGCAGGGCCGAAGUGUCCACCCCCGCCACACAGCAGAUCCCGCACCAUGUUCAAGGUGUGGAGGUGGGGGUGGAGUGUGACCUAUGUGGACCUACCUGUGUACCGCGCCCCUGUGACUCCACCGCCACGCAGACUCCCGCCUCGCCCCUCUCCACCACGCCAGAGUGCGAGGAGGACGUCGGGGCGCCCCUCACUGCCACCACCACCGCCAGCACCAGCGGCACGCGGCUGGAGGCGGAGGAGGAGGAGGAGGAACAACAGCAGCAGCAGCAGCAGCAGGAGAGGGAAAGGAUAGGGACAAAACCACAAGCAAAGCAGAAGACUAUCCAGUGGAAGGAGGAGUACUUGGAGGUGGAGGUGGAGAGGGAGGAGGAGGAGGAGGAAGGGAGGAGAGUGAAGGACAAAGAAGAGGAAGGGAGUACAGUUUUCGAUGAAGGGUGUCCGUUUCAAGAAGAAUACGACUUACUCUUGUCCGUGGGCGGGGGAGCGAAGGAACCGCGGCGCCCCCACCAGCAGCCGCCCCACCAGCAACCCCAGCAGCACCCACCAGGCCCUCGGCAGGUGGGUUUCCUUGGCCUCCCCGAGCACCGUGAGCUCCAGCAGAUAGAGGUGAUACCCCCCGCCCACAGGACCCUUCGCCAGUUAGGAGUAGUGGAGGAGGACGACAAAGAAGCAGCAGCAGCAGCGGCAGCAUCAGCAGCAGGCGUGGUGGAGGAAGGCGAGAUCGUCCUGAUGGCCAGCGAGCACACCCUGUACAGCCCCAAGCCGGCCUACGACCACCUCGACCACUACAGGUCAGGAGGAGCGGCGCGGGGCCCAGGUGAGGAGAAGCUGAGAAGGACUGGCCUGUCUACUGUCACUCCGCAGAUAAGUGGGGGAAGUGAGGCUCUUGAUAAAGGGGGAGAUGCGCCCUCUUCACCUCUCCGCCCGCGCCCACGACAACAGCCGGCGACGCAGCAGGAGGAAGAGGAGAAGGAGAAGGAGAAGGAGGAGGAGGGAGAGACGAACAACACGAAGAAGGAGCGAGUAUUUCCUUCCUUACACGACACUUACCUGAGGACGGCGGGGCUGCUACGUGACGACCCAGCCUUCACCUCACACGCCCCAAGCCCCGCCACUCGCCAGGAGCCCCACGCCCCUCUCCCCACCAAGGCAGACGACCCCCCUUCCCUUGCGCUGGAGGGGGCGAGGACUGGCGGUGGUGUCGGGGGCUGGGGGCGGAGGCAGUCUAGUGGCGGGGUGGAGGGGGAAGAGGGGAAAAAGACCCCCUCAGCUGCCGGGAGUCCCCCCUCCACCCCUACCCCUGUGGAUGCUGCCCACCUUUCCACCUUACCUGGGAAAGACUCACCUGGAGAGACUAAUUUACCUGAGGAAACACCGGUACUCGCAGCCACACCUGGAAAAUUACCUGUCAUAUCAGAAACCACACCUGCACAGACCGAUUUACCUGAGCAAGGCCAAUUAGCACCGCCUGGGAAAGCCUCACCUCCUCGCACCACAAAGUCCUUAGCGAAACUUAUCCUACCAUCCAAAAGGCCGAAAAUCAUAUCCUUCUCUGACUUAACAAACGCCCUUGGGAUCCACUCACCGCACAGGGGCAAGACCAGAGGCUCCUCCUCCCCACACCUGCCCUGGAACCCGUCACCUUUACACGGGAAAUUACCAGAGGAAGGGAUGGACGCCGAGCUGCCUGUCCCCGAGCACCUGUCCUGCCUGUAUGACGUGGUGAAGGCGGUCAAGAAUAGCAACGAGAACUUGUCAGCGCAGGAGAUUGAGAACAAAUUCACGCAGUUGUCCCUGGCCUUCAAGACUGACCGCCUCACCCUGCGUCAGCGCCUGGACCUGCAGCAGCGCCACCGAGACACAGCAGAGUCCAACCUGGAGAAUGAAUUUAAGCACCUCAGGAGUUCUGUGCUGGCACUACAUGCAGACUGCAUGGACUCGGAGCUGGUGGAUGCAGUCACACAGGUUCGCCGACACCUGGAUGUCCUCGCUGCAUCAUCCAACAGACUCAUCUCCACUUCAGAGGUGUGGGGCGCCGUGCAGCAGGAGUGGCGGGUGUCUCGUGCCCUGGAGGUUCUCUUCCUUCAUGUGGACAAUGUCAAGAGGAUGUACGAGCAGGACCAUAAGGAGCUGGAGGAGCUGAGGCGUUUGCUCAAGGAAUGCCAGAUUGAACUGCCGGGUCAAGGUCAGCUUGCCAAUGGCCCGGGGGGCAACAACCAAACCUCCACAGACUCUCCAGUUGCCAGUAGAAGACUGAGGGCUUUGAGUCUGGCCAUAUGCAGCACCAGGGCUGCACAGUCCUCAGAAACCAGGCGAGUCAGUGUUGCCUCCUCCUCCUCCUCCAAGAGUUCUGCCAGUGGCUUUGCAGGAAGUGCCAGAUCGAGGAACCGCCGUGCCUCCCUCAUGCCAGAUCUCAAGCCCUUCAGGGAGCUGGCCGGCUUCACUGCUGCUGCCCUCACUGCCUCCAGGGAGUCCUCUUCUUCCUCCUCUUCUGCAAGUGGCCUCAGUGUCCCCAAGGAGAGUGCAGAGGAGGGAACAGCGAGUAGUGCUACCACUUCUGGGAGGUGGAGCUGCAGCAUAACAGAGGAAGUCAAUGAGAGUGGGGAGGAGGACGCUGGCAGCACUCACGACACCACCUCCAGCACUACCUCCAAUGCUGCUGCCACCACCGGCAAUAACAACAACAAUGAUGACGACGAUAGCACCCCUGGCCUCCCUGGCCUCACCCCUGCCAACAUUGCUGCCCUGAGCCACCUUCACCCUGACUUUCAGCUGGAAGACGACCUCCUCACUGACUCAGAAGAAAGGGACAGUGAUGAUUCUGACCAUUCAGAAAUAAGCCAAGCACCAUCAGAAGAGCUCAAGCCUUCCCUACCAACCUUUCUGGACAGGUUCUGGGCCAGAUCAAGACCCCCACCAUGGGUGCUGGUAGCUGUGGAGGGACUGAUUGGGUGGGCCAAGGGAGGGCAGUGGCCAUACUCCCAGCAGCAGACGGUGCAGGGGGCACGGUACGCCUUCACCUCCCUGCUGCUCCUGGUGGCGGCACUGUUCCUGCUGGUGACCCUCUCCUCAGGGGAUGCCAGCAUCCCACAGCCUCGCCACCCUGGCUGGACCACCAUGAACCACCUCCUGCAUCCCUUUGUCACCCUGCGCUACCUGCAGACGCCUCCCACCUGACCCUCACACCUGACUCACGGCUCACCUGCCUGCCGGGAUCACCACCUGCCAGCACACUCCACACAGAGGACUGGCAGCGCUGCUACAUCCUGCAGAUGAACUGUUUUAUGCAUUGUUUUUAGUGUUUACCUUCGUGCUGAUGUGAAGUAAUAUAGCAGUUUUAUUUAUCAUGUAUAAUUGUUUCACGCUUCCUUUUGUUCAUCAUGCCUCAUUUUUAUAUUUUUCCUCAUAGAUUUGUUUCAUUACUUUUCAUAAUCAUUGAAAUUUGAUUGUAAAUGUGCUAUAGGAAACCAAAUUGAAAAUGUGUGUGUGUGUGUGUGUGUGUGUGUGAGUGUGAGUGAGUGAGUGAGUGAGUGAGUGAGUGAGUGUGGGUGUGUGUAAUCACUUCCAAACUUGCCAGUGUAUAAUAAUGAAAAGAUCAUUAUUUUUCACAUUCAUCUCACCACACUCAGCAGGUGUAGUUUCUUCCAUCACCUUUCACCAGUACAGCAACAGUACCACUGUUGCUUCAGAGAUGCAGGGCUCCAUGUGGGCAGACUUCAGGUCACAGCAGAUGGCAGGCACCUCAUGGUCAUAUUCAUGAAAUCUCAAAUUUUUAUCUUUUCCUCGGUUUUUCUGACAUGUAAUUUUUUGUAGAUAUUUUGUUAUAUAUUCCUUGCUUUAUCUGUUGUCCAGAUAUCAUUAUCAUGAUGAGUUACAUCUCAGGCUCAGAUAAUAUUCAACACCAUAAAAUGUUCUGCCAUCUCCUGACAAUGUUAUUUUUUUUGCAAAGGAAAGAUUUAAAACAGUAUUUCCUGUCAGUUUGAAAUACAGGGAAGUGACUAGUGAGUUUUUAAGAGACAAGUGCUGUGUGUCACAGCACAAAGCCUGGAGAGGGCUGUGGGGAUGUGACUGUGACAGACUCAAACAGGUGGCAGUAAAGCAAGGAAAGUGGAUGUCUUCUUUGGAGUGAAGUGAUUUUUUGAACAAUCUGGAUGUGCUUUUCAUUUUGCCAGUGUUAAGCAGACAAGAUGAGAAGCAGUCUUUAGAGAGUAAACCAUGUUUGAACAUUUGGCAGCCUCCUGGAGCCACACAGUCUUCCUCUUUCAUCUUACUGGAGGAGCAGAGUUGUAUGUGUAUAUCAGGAAAUGCUGCCCCUGUACAUUUGAUAGACUCCAGCAGCCACACAGCCUCUCUAUAAGUCACUGGAGGUGCGUUAAAGUUUUUUUUUUUUUUUUUUUUCCUGCUGCUGCUUUUAGUUACUCAGAUAAGAAAGGAGAGGCUAUAAAAUCCAGAGUGCCAUGUAUUGUGAAGUACUUUAUUUAUGUUUGAGGAGUAUUACUCACUGCUGUCAUGAUAAUGGAGGCUUAUUUUUGUCUUCCUUUAUUCUUUUAUCUUUUAGGAGAAGAUGCAGAGAAUAAGUUGACAACAUAGUGUAUUGUUUGAGUUCUCAGAAGAAUGCCAGUUUUAGGAGUGAAUACAAGAUUAUCACAUUGUUCAUUUCUGACAAGUAUCAUAGGGAGCAAUAUGUAUUUACUGUGAUAACAUACAAAUGAAGUCAUGUAUAUCAAUAAAUUUAUAUGAUGA